UUCCUUCUCUUUUCUUGCAGUGCCCCUAGAAACGUGUUAAAACAAACUAAGAUUAACCAGAACUUAGUGAAUACGAAUGCAUGAAAAAGCAAUUCAACGUUAUAUGAAAGGAUGGAGUUAAAAGAAGAAAAAUCGACAAUCUUCAAUGCCAUUCAAUCAGGUUUGUUGGAAUCUGUCCAGGCAGUAUCAGCAGCAGAAGGACCUUCAGUGUUCUCUUUACAAGAUGAUAAAGGAUAUACACCUGCUCACUGGGCAUGCUAUAGAGGCCAUGAAGAAAUAGUCAGGUAUAUCCUAGACAACAAUGGGCCUAUAGAUAAGCCAAGCAAUAAUGAACUAGGGGCCCAUCCAAUUCAUUGGGCAUGUGUGAAUGGACAUAUAGCAAUAGUUGACAUUUUACUUCAGGCUGGAGUUUCUGUCAAUGUUGUUGACAAUAAAGGAUGUACACCUAUAAUUAUGGCAGCUCAAUACGGUCAUACAGUGUUAGUUAGUUUCUUGAUGGGAAAAGGUGCCAAGCCACAGAUGGUAGAUGAAGAUGGAAAUAGUGUCUUACACUGGGCUGUGUUUUAUGGUCAUAUGGAACUGAUGCGAUAUUUAAUCCAUUGUGGUCUGAAUCCCAAAGAAAUAAAUAAAUAUGGACAAUCAACAUUACACCUUGCUUGCAUAAACAGUAACUUUCAAGCUGUUAGGGAAUUGCAUGUUAAGCAUGAGUUAGACAUUAACAAGGAAGACAAAGAUGGAAAGACUCCAUUGACGUUAGCGUCUGCUAACAAUAAUACAGACAUGGUAGAUUACCUACAAAAGCAAAUAAAGAAAAAAAAGUUCUUUUCUAAGAUAGAUCUUAUAUCUUUAGCUUUUAAUACACUUGGCAGUGGCAGGAAACCAGUUUUGUUUUUCAUGAUUAAUUUUCUGUGUUGGGGCUAUCCUAUGUAUGUUGGACUGUGUUUACCAUACACUUGGUCUGACUUUCCUAUGUUACAUGUGGUAUUUCUUCUUUUCAAUGUUGUGUUAUGGAUUUGUUUGUUCCAUGCCAGUACAACAGAUCCAGGAUAUUUACCAAGAAAUGUACCAGAAUAUGAUAUGGCUAUUAAACAGCUAGUCAUUUGUAGUGAUAAAACUGUAGGACAAAACUUACUCUGCACAUUGUGCCAUACAUGUCGUCUUGUAAAGCCAUUACGAUCCAAACAUUGUAGAGUUUGUAACAGAUGCGUAAAAGUCUUUGAUCAUCACUGUCCAUAUAUAUACAACUGUGUGGGAUAUAAAAAUAGGGGAUCUUUUGCAUUAUUUACGACCAGUGUUUCUAUAGUUUUGGCAAUCAGUUUGAAGUUGAGCAUUCACACUGUCAACAACUAUUUGGAAUGGAACUGGCUAUACAAGUUUUACGUUCUCCUGAUGGGAUUCUAUGCUUUUUCAGCUUUUGGACUUUUUGUAAUAGCGAUUUAUAAUGCAGCCAUUAAUGUGACCACAAAUGAAGGUUUAGCUUUUAAAAAGUAUGCCUAUAUGCAGGAUAAAUUUGGAAGAGUGAAGCGUCCUUUUGAUCAGGGUGUUGUCAACAAUUUGCUUGAUUUUUUUCAUUUAAGAAAUCUAAUUGAAGAAGAUAGUUUGGAUCAGAUAACAGUGACUUAGUUUUUAUCUUCAUGAGUAUUGUAUGUGUGUUAUGUUUUGAAUGUAAAAUGUAUCAAGAACAAUUAUUUCUCUUUUUGUAUAAAUAAAUAAGAUGUAUGAACAAGGGAAAAUCAAUGUUAAAGCAUCCCAUCAAAACUCAUGUACAGACAUUUAGAUACCAUUUAGUUUUCAAGGAUGGGAAGGACCCGAAUUAUAUGCCCUUAAUUCCCCCAAGACUAUGAAAAUUUAGAUUUAUUUCAGCGAAGACUGUCAAAGAUCUAAAAUCCAGAACUUUUGUAAAUGAACAAAACAUUUCAAAAAAUUUACCGGUAUAAGGAUUGUUCUGUGCACAACAUAGUUUUUUGAAACAAAGUUCAUCAGGUACGCUAAAGAUAGAAAGGUGAGAAAGCCAAGAUUAUAAAAUGCUGUGAGAGAAUUAAAACCAAAAGGGUCUGAACAGAGUCGCUAUACUGAAUAAUUUAAAUCAGGUGAGGACUGGCUACUGACAGGCUACCUAUCAUCACUUUCUUUUUAAAUUUUUUGUGAAAUUAAUUUCAAAAUAUCAAGCUUAUUUAUGGCAUAUUUCUAGUUUACACAGGUCUUAUUUUUUAUUAUACAGUCUAGUUGUGGGUAUUUACAGUUAAUUGAUACUUUUCAAUACAGAAAAUAUUACGGUAAUAUGAAUUCAAGCUUCUGGGAUUCCUUAUGCCUUUUUCUGUAUAUGGUACUAUGUAAGCUGGUUAAAAGUAUUACAAGUCAUAGAGGAUUUUAGAUUGUUAUGUAAAAACCUUUAUAAUAACAGCUAGUUGGUGAAACAUUACUAUAGGAUAUAAACGUCUAUUAUACAUAUCAUGGAUGACACACAAUAUUAAAUAUUGCCAUACGUAUCUAUUCCUAUAUCAUAAAUUGGUCUUGUAUUGGCAUCAUAGUAUGAAUUCAAUUAACUCUGGACAAGUGUUGUAGCUUCUUUGUUGUCUAAGCAGAGUUUGGUAAUAAAUAAAGUUCAAGUGUUAAACAAUAUGAUCUGUGA